AUGGAGACGUUAGAAGCAGCGUGUGUAGCGCUACAUGCCCCACCCACGGGUCCUGAAGCUGAACGUCGUCGUAUUGAAGCCGAAGGUGUCUUGAAUCAGUUUAAACGUAGCUCGAAUGCAGUCAUUGACUCCAUGACACUGCUUCGUUCGAGUCACACGUCGUCCAUUGUACAAUUCCAUUGUGUUGCAACCAUUUGUGAAGUGACACUGCAACGUUGGCCGCUUUUAGGACAUUCCGAUCGAUCUCAGACACUGGAUAUUCUUAUGCAAUUACUAUUGGAACAAGGUUCAGUAUUGCCGCGGUUCGUGGCGGCUUCAAUACUGCAAACAACGGUAUUACUCGUCAAAAGAGGUUGGAUUGAUCGACUGGAAUCAGAACGUACAACUGUAGUACAGACAAUGGGUGCAAUGGUACAGCCUCAUCAUGUCAUUACGCAUCGUCUAUUGGCUGUAAAAUGGCUACUUGCCUUUGUGACGGAGUUUUCAUCCGCGUCGAGAGCUAGUAAUAUGAUGCAACCUAUUGAAUUUCAUACCAAGUCACGACGGACAUUGGAAAAGAGUGGAGGAUUGAAAGAGAUUGUUGCCGUUGCUGUGCCAUUAUUGGAAGAUUCAAUUCGUAGCACAUCGACAAUUGGUGGAGAUACAAGGGCUGCUGGAGAGAUAGCACCAGAGCAAAUGGAGUUACUGGAUGCAGAGUUUCGACUUUGUGUCGAGUUGUUAAACUGGAAAGUUGAAGAUUCACAUGUGGAAAAGUUGUCGUGGAGUUUUAGUGGCUCAAUAAAUGAUGAUCUUACUGGGACUCGACCAGUGCUAAGGCCACAGGCUUCGUGGAGACCAAUUUUAGUACGAUUGGAACUGAUUCACUCAGCUUUUAACACGUAUGCUUUCUUUCGGAAAGUAGCAGCCAAGAAUGAGACGCUACUUCACUUGGCUCGCCAAUUUUUGAUUCAGCUGGCGUCUCUGCAGGGACCCAUCUUCGAGAGCAAGAUGGAACAGGUGCAGUUCUUGAGUGAAAUCUUUCGUGGCGUUGUCACAGUUGUGCAUAAUCCGUUCUUGGACCUGCUAGCGGAGCGGGAUGUCACUGGGUAUGAGUUAGCCACUCGCGAGCUGAUCGAUUGCUGUCAACUCCUCUUUCGGCUCGUAAAUAACAUUGGGCUUAAGGAUCUUUUGCAAGUUGACUAUGGACAACUGUUCUCUUCGUUUAUCGAGGAAUUAGCGUCGCUGACCAGCAAACUCUUACACUCGGCGUUAGUGCGCAUUCAACGCCACUUGCGUGAAAAUUCUAAUGAGACAAUCGAUGAGCUGUGGGAACUAGAGGGUGUCGAUAUUCUGCUGGAUGCGUGGGUGGCGCUCGUAAACGACCCUCAGUUGCUAGAGGCGGGCUUAUCGGGAUCCUCUAAACAGGAUUUGGAUCAAGCACUGAUACUUCUCAGUAAUGCCUCAGCUCCUGUUGUAGAGCUCUACAUUCAGGUUCAACUAGAGUUAUGUGCGGUGGAGGUUCAAACGGAUCAGGAUGAAGACGUGGAAGACAACGCCGCCAGUAGUGCACGGGAGCAGUAUGAGCUGGCGGCAGCACUUGCUAGGGUAAACGUUUCGGCGUCAGCUGUCUUGUUAGUGUCGCUUGUCCAGUCAUUGAUGACUAAUAUUCAGGAGGAACUAGGGAAACUAGAGGGGCGCGAUGAAAUGACACCGGUGCUCUCACAACUUUUCGAGAAGCUGCAUUUUGCUGUUCUUUUUGUGGGACUAUUUCUCGCAGACGACUUCGACGGCGAACGGCCAGGCAUCCCAAUCCGAAUUCGUGCCACUCUUGAUGGCGUUGCCGUAGCUGACGAUUCUCCUGUGAUUAACCUCGUCAUGCUUAUUUUGAGCCAUGUGCUUGAAUUCGAAGCAUCACGUCUUGCCCGAAAUCCAACGAGCAACUGUGUCAGCCCGUUUGUGUCGGAAGGACUUAUUAAGACGAUUACACGGUUGUGUGCUACAUAUCUCGCCCCGGAUGUUCUACUCGACUCGAGAAGUGUGUCACCGGCGGUUUUGCAAGUUUUUGAUUGCCAGGGUGGAGGUCGUGGAAGCGAGUUGUUGAAUUUUCUGGUACAGCAGGCUAUGGUGUAUCUCCUUCACUGGCCGACACAACCUGUGGUCAUGGAAAACCUGAUCGGAUUCUUGCUUGUUCUUUCUAACACGCGAGCCAUCAACCCCGUUCUAAGUUCGCAAAUGUGGCAAUCACUUGUCCAAGCUAAUGCAUCUGCUGAGUCGUUUAUUGUUACGUCAGCAGGUAAGAAUGAAGCAACACUACAUGCUGCAGUUGCCAGAAUCCCGGCUAACCUCCGCGGCCACCUUACAGAGGCGUUAUGCCGAGCAGGAAUGGCAUCAGUUGAUCCGAACAUGCGCACGGCUCAUUUUGAGGCUAUGAGUGGGCCUGUCGAACGGCGACUGCAACAACUCAUUGCACUACCAACCUUUGAGUCCAAGCAAACGGUAAAUGAUGUGCGCCUGCAGGAAGAGCUCAAGCUGUUAAUCGAAAUGUAUUCGGGCAUCGCGCGGUCGGCUGAAUCAAACAGUCAUACCGCUAUCACAGCAUUCUGUCUGCCUGCUCUGCCUGUCAUUGUAAAGAUUUUCCAGAUCUUCCAGGGUGAUUCGCAGAUUGCGAACCUUAUCCUCAACUUCUUCUGCCUGAUGGUGGAGGCCCAAUUGUGCUAUCUGUCUCCUCGAGAUGCGCUGCAAGUGUACACCGCUAGCGACAACCUUAUCCGUGCAUACUGCCGCUAUAAUUUGGGCAAGAAGAGCAUGCUGGGUGACGCCGAAGAGGAAAAUUACGUCGACUUGUUGGCAUUGCUUACACUGCUGUCGCAUCUGGUGUCAAAGGACUUCAUUGAUUUUUCGGAAAACGCAACAACUAAACAAGAACAUGCUGACGCUAGCUGUGCUUCAAGCGUCGUUGCUGACGUGGUCUUCUCUGGUUUAAGUCAGGUGAUUCCGCUUAUGACGGAGCAGCUAUUGGCUUACUCGAACUUGAGCAAGCAGUAUUUUACGUUGGUGUCGUAUAUGGUGGAAGUAUACGGGGAGAAGCUUGUGUCGUUGUCGAGCGAGCUUUUCCAAAUGCUUUUGCACUCGCUGUUGGUAGGCAUCCGUCACGUGUCGGUAGACGUUGUGCGCAACAGCUUUCAGGCGCUAGGUGAGUUGGCUAGUUAUCACUGGAAAGCAAUGCAAAGCCAGAAGCCAGGACUCGAUGCACAUCGUCAACAGCAUCCCGAGAUGUUUAUGGCGUGCCUGCGCCUUAUCUUCCGUAUGGCGCUUUUCGAUGAUUUCAAUCCCGCCAUCCUUGAUGCAUGUGCUGGUACGCUAUACCCACUCAUUCUGAUUGAACAAGCACGCUACUCAGCGCUAGCCGACGAGAUUAUUCGCGAGCAAGAAAGUUUGGACGUCGCCAGUCAGCAGCGGUUGGCCUCAGCAUUUGCAGAGCUCAUCAGUUUUGUGUCACCUGGAGAUAUUGCAAUGGGCACGGCAACUACGCGCAAGAUGCGCGUACAAUUCAAAACGAACCUGUACGCUUUCUUGGCUGAGGUGCGGGGAUUUCUUCAGGUCAAGUAA